GUUUUCAUCAUUACUAAAUAUACAGCUGCUGUGCAAACACACAAUUCCAUAAGUGCAUAGAGUUUUCUAUAAAAGUAUAUAAAAACUCGAGAAAAAAUUAACUAAAAAUAAUCUGCGAAAAGCAAAAAAAGAAAUUGCAGAGCUAAGCAAAUCAAGAUGGUGUUUACUGGCUACGAAGAUUAUGCUAUGGCCCCAACUAUGGGCAUGCCAAUGCCCAUGUCGGGCCCCGUGAAUUUCAUGGUCGAUGAGCAGGAGGAGCUGCAAUUGGAGCGUUCUUCGUUUAAUCACGUGCGUAGCCUGCUGGACGACGAUUUGCUGGUAAAGCAUCCGCUGGAGCACACCUGGACGGUGUGGCACUGGGAGAAUGAUCGCUCCAAGGCCUGGAGCGAUAUGCUUAACGAAGUGACGAGCUUCAACACAGUUGAGGAUUUUUUUAGUGUUUACUAUUUUAUUAAGCCACCAUCUGAUCUGCGCGUCUUCAACGAUUAUAUGGUAUUCAAGCAGGGAGUGCGUCCCAUGUGGGAGGAUGAUGUCAACAAGGAUGGCGGCCGUUGGAUUAUGAUAUUGGACAAAAGCACCAAGGUCAUGAGUGACAAGUUGUGGCAUGAUUUGCUUUUGUGCUGCAUUGGCGAGUGCUUCCAACAUUCGGACGAAAUCAGCGGCGUUGUCAUCAAUGUGCGCAACAAGGCCAACAAGUUGUCUCUCUGGACCAAGAACGCGUGCAAUGCUACGGCUGUGAUGUCCCUGGGCCAUCAGUUGAAGAUCAUGCUGAACUUGAGAACUGUGGAGAUCCAGUACCAGGUGCACAAGGAUGCCAUGGUGCAGCAUGGACCCAAUGUCAAUGCCAUCUACAAAUUGUAAAUGCCCCUCACCCCAUGGGAAGGCUCCACACACAGAAUAUCUAUAGACUAGUAUAAAAUAAUCCAGAGAAGGCGCCCACAUAGUAUAGUACCUACAAAGAUCCUCUCGAGAGCGUUGUCGUAAAUGCACAGUUCAUUGUCUGCCUGAAAUGUGCAUCUACGAUCGUCUCGGAGUGACAUUCCACACGCAGACACGUCACAUCACAGCGCAGAGAAAAUCCUCUGCUCACGCACUGGAUACACAUGAAAUAUGAAUAUAUCCCCUACCCCAAUAAAGCAUUGCAAACAGCUCUAAAAAC